CUUGCUCAUGAACACUUUAGCAGCAGCUCUUUCUGUGUCUCUGAAGGAGCGGUUAAGAUUUUGAGCCGUGACGUAUUUACUAACGAGGACACGCGAGUUUUCACACCGGGCGACUAUUUGGGGAGAUAAAGUGCGCCCUGCUCUCGAGCCUCUCUGACCGCUUUCUCUCCGUCAUCACGCUCACCUUCCUGCUGCUCAGUCCAUCUCUGUCCGCCAGGAGGGUAUCAUCACUUUACCCUGCAAGAUCGUGAAUAACUAUUUGGACGCACACACACACAAAAAAAACAAAACACGUUAGGACAAAAAGUUUUUUGGACACUUUUUGCAACCUAAAAAAAAAAAAGUUAGAUUUCGUGAAAGAUGCUGGAUCGUUGCAAGAAAAUUUCAAUGAAGUUGCCCUUUGGAGUCCUGGCUUGUCUAUUGGUGACUUCUGUUGUACAUGCAGAUGGUCGAGUGUUUGUGUUGAACCUGAGGAACUCCUCUGGCCUGCAGGGAUUCAGAGACGCUGAGAGGGCUUGUGCCUCACAACAUGCCCGUCUUGCAUCAGCACAGGAGCUCCAUCACGCUGUGGUAGAGUGCUUCUUCUCCCCCUGCACCCGUGGGUGGCUAUAUGGAGGCUCAGUGGGGACCACAGUGUGUAAUGUUGUGGGCAGUGCCUUUAAAGCAGUGGACGUGAGAACAGAAAACGCCACAGAAGAUGCUGCCAACCUCAACGCCUUCUGCAUUAAAGACAGAGAUGUGCCUUGUGGGGACCCUCCAUCCUUUCCUAAUGCCCAUCUACAAGAGCACAGUGGGUAUGAGAUGGGGGAUGAACUGCUCUACACCUGUGUGCCAGGGUAUUUAAUGCCCAGCGGACACAAGGCCUUCAGCCUGCUGUGCGACAGCUGUGGAGAGUGGUAUGGACUGGUGGAGAUUUGUGUCAAAGAUGAGACCGAAGGUCAUGUAGACUACGAGGAUACGUUCCCAGAUUCAUAUGGAGAGGUGGAACAUCACAAUAAAAAACCAGCAGAGGCUCAUGGGGAGGUGUAUGAGGAGGUCCAUGUUCCUGUUUACCCAAGUCAAGAGCCACAAGAGACAAGCUUCAGUGUCAUAGUGGAGAAAGAGCAUCAAGACCAACGGGAAGAGCAUGAUACGGAUGGAGAGGUGACUGGAAGAAACGUUGAAGGAGUAGAAAGAGAUGAGGAACGCCCUGUUGAGGACUUCAUAGGCCAUCCGAGGUGGGAGCAGGAGAGGAGGGAAGUGGUUACGACUGAUGCAGCUCCAGCAACGCAAGCACCUGUGUCCCUAUUAUCCCAGAAACACCUCUUUUGGUUUCCAUCUGAGGCUUUUCAGGAGCAGGGUCCUGUCUCCACUAAUCCAGUCACACAGACUACUCAGAGAGCCUCAGGCGCCCAAUCAGAGGAGAGCAAAGAGCAGGAGAGCCAAGAAGGGAAGGACCACCACCGGCAUCCUGCUCAUACUGACGACCAUGAUCAUGAGCCAGAUGAUGGUGAUCAAGACGCAGAUGACCAAUCUGAUCAUAACGACAGAAGCCAUAACGACCGGGAUGCUGAUGAAGACAGCCAUCACGAUGAUCAGGACGACCCUAAUAGUCACCAGGAAGAAGAUGACCACGAUGACCAUGUGGAACAUUACGUUCCAGCUCAGCAUGAUAGAAGGGACCACAAAGAAAAGCAUGAAGACCACGAUGACCAUUAUGACAUGGGAGAACACGAGGACGAGCGAGAUCGCGUCCGUUACGGCAGCCAGGAGUACGAUGAUCGAGAUGACACGUAUGACGAACAUGAAAGUUAUGAAGAUCACGAGGAUUUAACUGACGAUCGUGACAAAGACAAUCAACAACAACCUGAUGGCUCAGAGGAACAUCCAGACCACGAUGACCAUGACGACGACCAGCGUGAGGAGCAUUAUGACCCGGAGGAUGAUGAUAUCGACCAUUACCCUGAUCACCAUGAUCACCAUGAUCACGAACACGAUGACCAUGACAGUUAUGAAGAGGUGGAUGAUGGUCAUCAGCAUGUUAUCUUCUCUAUAGCAAAAGAUGGUCACCACAACAUCACUCAGAAGGUGACAGGAGAAGAGACGACCACAGAUGACACCUGGUUAGACGGCUACCCUGUUGUUCAAGUGGGAGCAGAAAAUGGGGAUUCCACAACAGAAAGACCGAGGGGGACGGUCGUCAGGACCACAGACAAACCCAAAGAUGUGGAUAUUCAUGGACCUGUGCCUUACACAAACUCACCAGAGAUCCAUGAGUCUAAUACUGACCCGUCCUUAGAACAACAAGGGGGCGUAGAGGAGAUGUUAACCAUUACUCCUGCAACCUUGCAGCCUUCAGAUUCCCCCGCACACCCUGACACCCUCGACUACGACACACAGCAAGCAGCUCCCACCCGCCCAUGGAUUGGUGGCCCAACUGAGCACCCCUUCCUGGACCAAGACCCAGCUCCACCAAUGCAUGACGGCGACAUACUCACUGGAGGGAUGGAGGGGCACACUGUGCACGACCUCCCUGGCGAGACCGGUGAGAGGGAUGAGACGGAGGGAGAGUUGGGGGAGGUGAUGUGCACGGGGGAGAACUGUACUGCUCCUCCUCCAAGCUCCUCCAGCCGAGGGCCCACCGUGGCAGCCAUAAUCGCAGUGGUGUGUAUGGUUGCUGCUGCAGUCUUUGUUGGAGUUUGGUGUUACCGACGGCAAAGGCAGAAGAGCUCGAUGUAUGAGAUGAACGGAAAGGGUCAGAGUCAGAGUCAGAGCAGGCAGGGCCAACAGAUAGAGAUGCAGCAAAAAGUGUAAGCGUGGGAGGUAAAUAAAGAAGGACUCUGAAAGAGGACAGAGACCUCGAUGAGAUUUUUGAAAGAUUCAGAUGUGAGGAAACGCAGCCAUUUAUCAUGCUAGAAAAUACUGCAGAAGUGAAGAUUUUGGGUACUUAAUAACAGAUGAGAUCUGCUACAGCCCUGUUCUGACAGGCGAAACAUAUCUAUGUGCUGAAAAUGUUAUGGAAAACAGGGUGACAUGAUGCUUAACAUAGAGAAAUCAAACAGGAUUGUAGCAGUUCUGCUUCUCCCAUUCAUCCAUUUUAAGGAAAUGUAGUCAUCUUUGUUAUGACUACCCACUAUUUUCUAACACUUAACAUCUAGCUGAACAGGUAAGGGGGCUGUAUCUGGAUUGGACUCAACUCCAGAGACUAAAAACCGUCCUUAUAAGGACAUGACCAUGUAAGAAAACCACAAGAAGGCUUGCCUUCUCUGUCUGAAUAUAUAUACCAAGACUUUAAACUCCAAAACUAUUGGACAUUGUGGUAAAGAUUCUCUGUGUCCUGUUUUUUUUAAUGUUAUUUGUUUGGCCUUUGCCUUUUUCUGUUGGGACAGCCAAAGAGACACAAGAAAUGUGGGGAGGGGGAGAGUGAGGAUGAUAUGUGCAGAAUGGCCGCAGGCCCUGAGUCCAACCAUUGACGUGUGCAUCUAGGAAUUGGUCUCUAUUGUGGGGCAUCUGCCAACUACCAACUGAGCUUAACCAGCCCCUCUCUUGUUAUUUUUGUUGACUUUGUUGACUGCUUGUUCAUUAUUAAUUUAGUUUUGUUGUUCUUCUCAAUCUUUUCUGUUUGAUCGAGUAUCAUACGGAUAAAAUUUAACUCCACAACAAGAUUGUGAAGUUCAGUGCAACUCAGAAUAUCUGAGAUUUGGGCAGGUAGUCCAAAUAAGUGACUUGGCUGCUUUCAAACAAGCAAGUCCAAGUAAGAGAGGAGAGGGAAGGGAAAAAUAUGUUGGGAAAGAUGUGAGACAGCAGGUUGGCAGUAGAAACAAUUGAAGUCUUCUGCAUCUAAGUUUUGACAGUCUACUGGUGAGAGAUAUGGAGCGAGAGUCCAUUGAGACUGAGACUCAGCCCACAAUAUGUUUGUGUGUGUGUGUGUGUGUGUGUGUGUGUGUGUGUGUGUGUGUGUGUGUGUGUGUGUGUGUGUGUGUGUGUGUGUGUGUGUGUGUGUGUGUGUGUGUGUGUGCGUGCGUGCGUGUCUGUCUCAGGACCGUGCAAUGCGCCGGUCAGCGGUACAUCAUAUUUGCUGAUGGCCGUCAGACGAACCGAGAUUAAACAUUGUGGUGCUGCCAUGGAAACAGAGAAAAAAUAAAAUAUGGACCUGCAUUCUUGUUCCCCUCGACCUGCAUUCAAUCUAAAUGAAUAAUGUAUUUAAUGAAUAAUGUAGUUUAAUUUCUAAAUAUUUAGUAGUAAUGGGUUAGUCAGUAAAUUUGGGUGAAAACCAGGGCAGGACAACACAUCCUUAUAUGUAUAUAAUAUAAUUUAUAUAAUGAUAAAUUGUUAAAUGAAGCCCGAUAAUAAUGAAUGUAAUGCUUAAUCCUUUAACAAAGUAAUCAAAGUUUUAAUUUUUCUUUCCUUGCUGUAUUUGCCCUGUUCAAUAACAAUAUAAAAGCUAAAAGGUUAUAACUUUGAUCUUGGACUGGGGAAAGAUAUCCACUAGUUAGGCAUUAGUUUAAUUCUUAUUUAAAAUUUGUGGUAAUUCAGAUCAUUUUAUCAUUAAAAAAAGGCUAUAUGAGUAGGUAAUAUGAGUUGUAAAGUCCAGUUUAAAAAAAUGAAGGAUUUAACAGUGUCCUGUAGAAAUUUAUGACUCUGUGAUAUUUACACUCUUCCUGUGUCUGUAUUGUGCCAAAUACUUGACAGUGAGGUCAAAUGUUAAAAUAAAAAUGUGCAAGUUCAUAAACUUCAAGUAGUCAUGAAAGGGUUUAAAGAUAUACAGUACAUAUAAUUGUUUGUGAUUCUGGCCAUGUAUAAAGAUUACACAAAAAAAAUGGCAAUAACUUAAAUAGAGAGUGCUCUACUCUUUGAAAUUCACUGUAGUUCAUUUCAAUUGUCCCCGUGGGGAAUUCAGUGUCCAAUGUGGCCUGUUGUUGUCAUCAGUCAUAAAUGAUUUUUUUUUAUUUUUCCCUCCCAUGUGUCAAACUUAACAUCAACUUUUCUAAGCUGAUGAUUGUUAUUGAUUUGUUUAAAAUUGCAGACAAUAUUUUAUUAUGAUAUUUUUUAUUUCCAUAUUGUUGUGUCUGUUUCUGUCAUUUUGAAAUUGCAAAAACUUGAUGUGCAUAUUGCAGCAUUACUGGUUUCAGCGAAUACAUUUGGCUCAUUUGUCUUGGCCAAAGUCACUAGAGGUUACUUCUUAAUGUUCAACACAGGGUCUGCUCAUCAAUACUUCUACUUUUUUCCUUCCCCUACAAUUACACAUUGCUGGUUAAAAGAAGUGCUAUGAUGGUUUGAAAAAAUACCUCACUGUAGAUUAUCACGUCUGAACACAUGCUGCCUGUAGAGUAAUCAUAAACACUAUGAAUGGUAAAAUACCAAGAUGAAUUGAUGACAAAUUAAAAAUAAAGCAAGCAACAAAUAACAUACUAAAUCGUUCUCAUGAUGCUAAUAUUUUUCCAUUUGUUUCUUGAGACAGCCAGAUGUGUGUGAUGUCAGGAUGAGAUGUGUACUGAGAUCUCCAAGUCAAAAUAAACUCCUAAACACUUAACUUUUUAUUUCUAUUUUUAAGCCAUUGAGGUGAAAGAAACACAUCAACACAUGCUGUAAUGUGAUCAUUUUCACGUGGCAGCUUUUUUACUUUGAAAUUGUAUUGUCAUACUGUUUUAUUUUAGGUUGUAUGCCAUUUAUGAAGACAUCAUUAGAAAAAUUGUGUUUGUUUCGAUACUUCCUCAGUUGAUUAUCAGGAAAAUCUGGAGGAACAUUUGGCCAAAUUAGCUAUAGCUAUAGAGAGCUAACAUUAGCAUUGAGUACCACUACCUAGCAUAUCUUUACUUUGGCAAUGAAGUGGCUAAAUGCUAGCAUUAGCAUUGUAUAAUGUUAUAUGAAAGGGAAGUCCAAUAAUUCCAUCUUACAGUGAUGGUAACUAGAAAGUGGUGAUGGUAUAUGCCAGUGUAAGUGUUGUCAAAAAGAAAGCGCAAUGGCUUUUAUUGUUGUUUUAUCUUGAAACACGGCCUAAAGUGCUUUCAAAUAAUCCCUCUCCACUGUCAGGAUGCAGUCAAGUAAUAAUGAUUUGUAUUUUUUCCUUUCAUUUCUAUGAUUUGCCCUCUGGAACACAGCAGUUUGACAUAUUUGAGCUUUUCAGUCUGAGUGUGACAUCGCAUGAAAAUAGUAGCAGUGUGACCAGUCAAUUGUUUCCCAUUUGUUAUGUAAGAUUGUAAAAAAUGACGUGUCAAAUAUUUAAGUGUGACUUUGACACCUGACCUUGGAUCGUCUGGACCAGAACUUUAUCUUAACUACUAACCAUGCCCCUGCCAAAAGCCAUUUCCCCAUCUCUUUUUGUGAUAAGUUUCAAAAACCUUGAAGUGGGACAAAAAGGGCAGCUAAGACGAAGCGUCGAUUAGAUGUAGAAGUAAUAGAAGAGACAGGUAAAUACAGGCAGGAGAGGAAUGAGAACGCAGAGUUAUAGACGAACAGUAACAGAGCGAGAAUGUUCCCCUGUGGGUUUUUAACAUCAGUGUGUGACAAACAGCACAGAGACUCAAUGUUCAAACAUUAUUAAACAACUCGGUGUGUCCCUGGUGUCUCGCUACUCAGCACAGCUCGGGGUUUGUGUAACUGGACCUCCAAACAUACUGCUCAUUCCUAAUGUACUGAAACAAAGUAAAAGUAUUGCUUAGUAAAAGGGUUUUAGCAGAAACAUUUACAUUUAAUAGUUUCAGUGUGGAAAUUGUGAUGAUUUGCUGCUGUUUUUGUGGUUUUAUUUGAUAUCAAAUGGAUAAUUUUUGCAUUCUGGAUGGCUGGUUGGACAGAACAACUGACCUCAAGAAAUGAAAUUGAAUCAGUAAAUUAAUAAUAGUAUUUGUUUUUUUUACUGAUAUUUCAUGUGUCUCAAUGAUUUGAAAUAUUACCGUUUGUCUUUCAGUUUUAUUAAAAUGUCAUUGUGAAAGUUAACAUUUUUUGAAGACAUUAAACAUGAUUCACAGCAGAACAAUGGGUUCAUAAAACAGUAAAAUCUCAUACCUUUUAAAAAAAACAUUUAACCACCAUGUUUAAAGUCUGUACCACUCGACUGAUCUAGUGCACGAAAUCAGAAAUGUCAAUAUAUAUCAUUCAGGAUGCGGAUCUUUCAGGUAAAACAAAAAACAAAACACAUUGACCUAUCAGAGCAUCGUAUCUGAAACCAAUAAAUAGAAACUAAGGAGUUUUGGUGCUGUUGUGUUCUGAUUGUUUUUCAGUUUUUCGGCGGACUUUCCAACAUGGGAAUAUC